UAAUUAAAUACUUCCGCGCGUCGUCGUUGUUGUUUGUGUCGCCGCGCCAGUUUUUCCAUUGCGUGCUCAUUCGCCCCGCCGCAUUGACGUCGACGUCACACACACACACACACACAUUCACUCAGCAGGCAGGCAUUCAGUCCGUCAGACAAGCGUACGUAUGUACAUCUGUACAUACAUACAUAAAUACGUACUCACUCACUGACUCACGCAUACUCGCAUACACAACAGACGACGGCACGCAUACAUAUGAACAUAUACAAUCUCUCAACUCGGUUGUUCCUGCUCUCGUUCUCGCAAAAACUACUCUCGCUGUGUUUUGGGUCUCACUGCUGUUGUAGUGUCUGUCUCAGUCAUUUGUCAAUGCCUCUCUGUCUGGCCGCCGCAUUCGUUUUGUUUGUGUAUUAAAAAGGGCCGCCGAGAAGUAAGAAGCAGAGACGCGAUAGCAGCGCACCAGAGAGCAACUAAACAACAAAAAUAAUAAUAAAAAAUUAUAUAUUGUGUUUGCAUGCGAAUUUAGACAUCCCCUAAAUAAGUGUAUAAUAAUAAUAAUAAACAAUAAUCAUUUUGUCAAUCAAGUGUAGAUUUCAAAGCGAACAACCAAUAACAACAACAAAUACAAAACCAAACAAUUUUAACAACAAAAAUAAAGCAAAAAAGCUGAUUCUACAAAAUAAACAGAAAGGAAACCUAAGCGAUAAAAAUUUUGCAAAGGCGCCAAUUGAAAGUGCAAUACAAAGUUGAAACGCAACGUUUCACACCAGUUGAAAGAAAGUGUUCAAUUUGGAAAGCGACAUUAAACAAAUACUUGUUAAUCUCUUCGAAUUCAGUGAAGAGUAUCAACGCUUAAAAAUCUCGAGCGCGCGCGUUUUCCCCCAAGAUAUUUUAACAAUCGUUUUGUUCUCGCAUCUCGUGUGCCCGUGUGCAAACUUAGUGUCAACGUUCCUUCGUCAUAAAUAAAAUAUUACCAAAACACACCCACACAUUUGAACACACAUCUCACACCAACUCUCUUAUACACACACAGCACAUAUAGUCUUGCAUUAACGUGAUUUGUCGCCAUAUCCGUUUGUGCAACGUCUAACAUUUGAGCAACCCACGUGCAAUUGAAAUCCCAACUUCUAUUCUAUACAAGUGAAUCAAGGCUCCGGCCCGACACCAUCAAGAUUUUCACGAAAAGAACUCUGUUCAACACGGAGGCUUCGCUCAAUUUCAACACGGCGACCACAAUGCCCUAUAACGGUGCUAGCAACGGCAGCGGAGUCGGUGGUGCCGUAGCAGGAAGCAGUGUCAGCGGUGGCGGGGCCACCAUCGUCGUCAGCGAGGGACCCCAGAACAAAAAGAUACGCACCGGCGUUCAACAGCCCGGAGAGAACGACGUCAACAUGCAUGCUAGGUCCACACAAAAUCAGAGUCAGCAGCAAGCACUUAUGAACAAGUCAAACGACGACCUAAGGAGAAAGCGUCCUGAGACUACACGGCCAAAUCACAUUCUACUCUUCACUAUCAUAAAUCCCUUCUAUCCCAUCACAGUUGAUGUCUUGCAUAAAAUUUGCAAUCCACAUGGCCAAGUGCUGCGCAUUGUCAUCUUCAAAAAGAAUGGCGUUCAGGCCAUGGUCGAAUUCGAUAGCCUCGAUGCGGCAACACGUGCUCGCGAGAAUCUCAAUGGAGCCGACAUCUAUGCCGGUUGCUGCACUCUAAAAAUUGAUUUUGCCAAGCCAGAGAAAUUGAAUGUUUAUAAGAAUGAAACAGACACCAGCUGGGAUUAUACCCUGAGCACAGGUGAGAUUCAACCAAUUGCAACUAUACAAACACAACAUCGCAACAACAACCACCACCACCACCACCACAACAAUCAACAACAACACCACCAACAACAACAACAACAUCAUCAACAACACCACCACCAACAACACCAUCAACAACAACUUGUUGCCCCAGCUCAACCGCACAAUCUUGUUCCAUUUAAAGAGCCACCACUAUUGGGACCAGGCACCGCCUUCCCGCCAUUCGGAGCACCCGAAUACCAUCCCACCCAGCCGGACAACUGGAAAGGAGCCGCUAUCCAUCCAACUGGCCUCAUGAAGGAGCCCACCGGAGUCGUUGCCGGCCGCAAUGCGCCAGUCGCUUUUGCCCAGCAGGGCCAAGCUCAGGGCGCUGUCAUGAUGGUCUAUGGCAUGGACCAUGACACUUCCAACACAGAUAAGCUCUUCAAUUUGGUCUGCCUGUAUGGCAAUGUCGCACGGAUCAAGUUCUUGAAGACAAAGGAAGGCACCGCCAUGGUACAAAUGGGCGAUUCGGUGGCCGUUGAGCGUUGCGUGCAACAUUUGAAUAACAUUCCCGUUGGCACUGGCGGCAAAAUACAGAUUGCAUUCUCAAAGCAGAACUUCCUGUCGGAGGUGAUCAAUCCAUUCUUGCUGCCGGAUCACACCCCCAGCUUCAAGGAGUACACUGGCUCCAAAAACAAUCGUUUCCUAUCACCGGCCCAGGCCAGCAAGAAUCGCAUCCAACCACCGAGCAAAAUCUUGCACUUCUUCAACACACCGCCCGGUCUCACCGAGGACCAGCUCAUUGGCAUAUUCAACAUCAAGGAGGUGCCAGCCACAUCGGUGCGUCUGUUCCCAUUGAAGACGGAGCGUUCGUCGUCGGGUCUGAUCGAAUUCCCCAACAUCUCGCAGGCUGUGCUCGCCAUCAUGAAGUGCAACCAUCUGCCUAUUGAGGGUAAAGGCACCAAAUUCCCAUUCAUCAUGAAGUUGUGCUUCUCAUCGUCGAAGAGCAUGAACGGCGCCUGGAAUAAUGCGGCCAAUGAGGGCAUGAUCGAGAAGGAGAAUGACGGCGAUAUCAAGGUGGAGAUUUACAAUUGAGAUUUGAUUACCAUUGUGUAAGCAACAACAACAACAACCAGCCCAGAUUGCAACACACAAUACAUAAGAAAACAAACAACUACAACAACAAGAGCAUGAAUGCAGCAACUUUGAAGAUGGAGGAGUAAACAGAAACAGGAGGCGAAAUAGCAUUGGAUGGGAAGAGAAAUGAAGAAGCAGGAGCAGGAUGACGACACAUCGGCAACAAUAAUAAAUUUAGUAAUUGUAGUGCAAAAACAAUUGCGAAAUUGAAUGAUGAUUGGAAUACAUAUUGAUAUAUAUGAUCAGAGGGCAAUCUGCACUCUGCAAGAAGAAAAACCAACACUGGGGAUUACAAAUUAAUGAUAAAUUGCAAAUAUAUAACAAAUACACAUACACACACACACACUUAUACAUAAAAAACUACAACUUAAAGCUAAUACUUAAAAUCUUAACAAUUCGCAAACGCAUGUAACUUUUCUACGCGCCAUUUACUUUAAAAUCGAAUCACAAUUUAACAUUAUAAUUAACACACAACAAAAUGGCGUCGUUCGAAAGCUACACACAGACAGACACCGACACAAAAACACACAUACACUUACACACAUGCACUUUACAUGCGUUUGCGUUACGUCAACAUCAUCAACAAACAACAACAACAAGAACAAUUGUUAUAAACUUGUGGAAGAUUAGAAAAAAAAUUAGGUUAAAUAAUGGUUUAGUUGCAUCUAAAAACAAAAACACCAAAAUUUUUUCUUAUUUUUUUGUAAAGUUUUUCGUGUGUGUUUUUCACUUAAUGAAAAUUGAAAACAAACAAACAAGAGAUACAACAAACAACAAUUAACAAAAACAAAUUGUAAACAAUGUAAUAUGAAAUUAAUAUAAUACUAAUAAAUACAAAAUUUAAACACACACACAUCGCAAAUGCAAAUGCAAAAUUUUACAACACAUUUUAGUUAAUGUCAAAAAUAUAUAUUUUAAUAUAGCAACCAAAUGCAAUACCUAAAAUUUCUUUGGACAAUAUUUCGAACAAGUAUUCAUGUGUGAGGCAGAAAAUAAAAAAAAAGCAUUAAAAUAUUUAUUGAAAUGUGAAAUGAAAAAGAAAAAGAGAAAAAGAUGCGAGACAAAACGUGUAAAAUUAAACCAAAAAUUUAGCAAUUUUAAAUCAAAUUUAUUAAUUUUAGUUAUGCAAAUUUCAGAGAGAAAAAACUUGCACAAGCCAAUGUUUUUACUUUUAUGUUUACUUUUGAUUUUCUUAAAAGAGUAAAUAUUAACAAAACAAAACAAAACAAAACGACGAAAAAGACAAAAGAACAUUAACAUACUUUUUGUGCUUAAUUUACAAAAGUUUCAAAAGGCAUAAAUUUAUAUGUAUGAGCUGUAAUGUAUUUAAAUUAAAUUAAUAUUAAUUAUAAUUUUACACUAAAUGUAAAAAGCAACAACACUAAAACAACAAACAAAAACAAAAAAGAAAAAUGAAGAAAAAACAAACAAUUAAAACAAUUAUUGCAAAAGCAUAUUAAAUAUAAAACUUAAUUUUUAAGUGCAGCAAAGAACUUGAGACAGGCAUACAUAAAAAAGAAAAAGAAAAUAUAAAAAAUAUUUUUGAGGCGUUUUAAGGUAAACAGAAGAGACAGAGCCAAACAUUUCAGAACUAAAAGUAUACUUGGCGCGACGCAUUAAAUAAAAAAAAAAUCAGAAGGGAAAAUAAAAUUAUAAAUAAUUUAAAAAGAAAAACAAUAUCAGCAAUAAAAGCAACAGUAACAACCAUAUCAAAGGCGUAUGUUAGAUUAAAUAUAACAGCAAAUAAAACGAAAUGAAAAUAAAAUAAAAUAAAACUAAUAACAAUACAAAAUUAUAUAACAAUUUCAUUUGACUUUAGUUUAAGCAAUCUGCAGUUAAGUUAUACCCCAAAACUUUUUAGUUUUUAUUUUUAGUUCUAUGUGACAGUUUGUAAAUUAAGCAGGGCGAAGUUCUAUAUAGAGUACAUAUAUCAUAUAUAAUAUAGCACCUUUGUUCUAAAUGCAAAUCAACGAAUACUAUAUGAUGUACUAUAUAGAGCCGUAAAACGAAUUUUUCACGCAAAUCGCUUUUUCUCAUCAUUAUCAUCCACUUUCUUUUCGUCACCAUACUAUGUGCAAUUAUUGCUUUAAACUAUAAAAAAACAUCAAGAGAAAGCACUUCAUUUAUUUAUUUGUAGCAAUCUUUUUGGUCAUUUUAUUCGCUCGUUUGUUCAUCCCCUUAAUUAUUGAUUUUUGCCUUAUGUCUUAGUUUUUAUGUAAAUUGUUGUAAAUCGUAUAAAUUGUAAAAUAUUUUUCUAUAAUUAAGUAUAAUUGUACUUAAUUUAAUGAUUUAUUGAGAAAAGAAAAGAAAAAAACAAACGGAAAAUCUCGAUUAUAACUAAAUCAUACAAUUUAUUUUCUUAAGAACUUAAAGCAACAACGAUCUUAAAGCUCCUAAUUAGUGCAUAAACAAAUAAUUAAAAUAAUAAAUCAAAUAUAUACAUAUAAUACAAUUCAACAUGGUAGCUACAACAUGGUAUAUAAAAUCAGAAGAGAGAAAUCAUAAACAAAAUAUUGAUUUUAUAAUGUUAUCUAUAGGAAAACAACAUUUUACAGCAUUGUAUAAUUUUAAUUUAUAUUCUUUAUGCAUAAAACAAAGUAUAUAUAAUAAUAGUUAUAUAUAAAUAUAUAUAGACGGACAUGUUCGAAAUUCAAUCAUCAUUUCUGCACGGGAAUGAAAGUUGAUUUCAGAAUAUGCCUGAAUAUAUAUGUAAUUUGUUUUAUUUAAUAUUUAAAUUUUGUUGUUAUUUUUUUUUCUUGUGUGCCCAAAGUUUGUAAUAUGCGCGCUCAUUUUUUUUGAUAUAAAUAUAUAUGUACGAUACAUGUAAAUUAAUUUAGCACUUUGUUUUUGUUUCAUUCUUCAAUCUUCAUCAUCAACAGAUCAUCAGAUACAUGGAAAUAGUUUUUAUAUGGUUUACAGGAAUUGAAACGUGACAAAUAAUUUGCUAAAUGAUACUAAAUAUACUACUUUAAUGAAUGACACAUCCAAAGAACGCACAGCCCUUUUCCCAUUUACUCUUUUUACUUUCUUCUUUUGAAAUAAAAUAAAUGAUAAAUCAAUAAGAAUAACAAAAAAACUAUAAACACUAUACCAAAAACGAUAUGCCAAAUUGUUAAAGCGAAAAUCCUGAAUUUUUAACAUAUCGAAAUUUAUAAGGCGGCUUAAGUUAAACGAUUUUACAAUUUAGGCAUAACAAGUGUAUUUAAAUAAUAAAUACAUUCCCCGAAGAAUACUUUCAACAACUGCUACGAAAAAAGAAAACAUAAUCCAUUUGUUGAAAACAAACAAUAUAUAUGAUCAAAGAUUAAUGAUAUAAACGCCCAAGCAGCAAUUAUUGUAUCCAAAUGAUUAGACUUAAGCGAUAAUAAGUUAUGAUUAGUAGUGUGCUUAAAUCGAUCAUUUCAAAGAUAAUGAAAAUAUUAGCAAAAUUAUUUUCAUUUUAUUUUCUAACUAGUCAAAAACAAGUUAAACUUUACUUUAUACGCAUUGGAAAUCAAAUACAGAUCUGUUCCGAAAUCCUCUAUACAUAAUGUAUUAUCAUAUUUUUUGGGUUCCCGAAAGAAGUAUUCAGCGGAAUUGAAUUCGGAACAGGUCGAUGAACUAGUCAAAUUUUGUUAAGGUUGUCAGCAAAUUGAAUUUGUUAAGCAAAUAAGCGCACCCAAUUUAAGUUCUCUAUUUUUUUCUCUUUUGUAUAUUUUCUUUUUUUUGGUUAACUCUUUGCAAAUGCCGCGUAGUUUUCAACUCUAAAAAAAUGCGCAUGGGGCACAAGGUAGGUGCUGUUUAUAAAUACGAUAAAACUCGAAAUGAAUUUUCACCAUUUUAAUACCAACAAAUACCCGUUGUGUUGAGGCGUUCUUUGAGCGAUAUUCAAAACGGUUUUUACUUAGUUCUUGUAAUUCGCAUUAUUCACACUAAUGAUUACACAACAACAACAACAACAACUUUAUUAAGAACAAAAACAAAAAAUGGACCAGUUUAUUCAGCAUUGAAUUAACAACCACCAAGAAUCAAAAACAAAAAGAAAUUAUAUACAUUAUAUAAAUUGAUGAAACCGUCCAAUUAUGAAAAAAACAGCAACAACAACAACAACAAGAAACAACACCAGACACCAGACAAAACACGAGUUGAAAACUGCUUUCCCAAAAACCUAAUCUUACAAUCGCCCCUGUUGCUUCAAACAUUUCGCAUUAAGCCUAAAAGCAUGCUACGUUUUUAGUGACACGCGGGCGAUUUGAAUAUUUCUAUGCCAUGCUGCUUACACGAGUUACAACUACAAAGCUACAAACAAUCAGGCCAAAUCCGAGCUCCACAUCACAUCAACAUGUGUUGUUGAAACACAAAGCAGAAAAAUCUCUGUGCUUUUGUGGGAACUUGGAAAUGCUCUGAAUGGAAUACAUUUUAUUUGUGAAAAACAAAACCAUUUUUAGUUGCAAAACAAUUUUUUGUUUUGAUUUUGGUAUUUUCCAGAAAAUGAAAAGAAAACAACACUAAACAAAAUAACAAAAAAAAAACAAAAACCAACAACUUUGUACACCGAAACAAAUUCAUAAUAAUCUAUGAUGAAAUGCAUAUUUGAGAGCAAUCCAAAAAUGAUGAAAUGAGAAAACACGUAGCGUAAAAAGCGAAAAACUACAUAUGAGAAAAAAUGCAUAAAAGAUACUACAACUAUAUUCUUAUAGGCUUAUAGUUUAUACUAUACUUACAUACACACAUACAAGUACUUAUAUAUACAUAAAAAUACAUUUAACGAAAUAUUUACAUAUAACUAUACUACUUACAUAGAUAUACUUAUAAAUAUUACAACAGAGGGCAUAAUCACGCAUAGCAAAGUAAAAAAUACUAACAUACACACACACACACAUACACAUACACUCUCACAAGACAUAUGAUAUGUGUAUAUAUCUUAAAUAUAUAUAGUUUUUAAACAUGAUGAAGUAGCGCGUGUCAAUUUUAAAUUCAAAAGCGAAGUGAAUUUAAAGCGAAUCUGAAAUCGCUUUGAGAAAACAUUACCAACAAAAUACUUUACAUAAUUACACCACAAAUUACACAAACUACACCAAGACAACAGACAGACACAGACAUAAGACACCGACACAGACACACAGACAAAGGACGAAGGAAAAGGAUGUCAGGCCAACAGGCAGGAAAGUUUUAAUACUAAAUAAAGGACAACUGCAUAGUGUAGUCGUAAUUACUGGUGAUAAUUUUGAAAAAAUCUUAAAACAAUAUUAUUAAACAAAAAAACGAAAACGAAAACAAAAACCAAAAAUAAAAAUGAAAAAAUAUCUAAAAAAUAAAAAAAAAAUAAAUAUACUCGAACAUAAACUGACACAACGUACUGUUAUUUGAUGCGUACCCGUAUUAUUAGCAGCUAUGGAUUUUUCCCCAACACCCUCAAUCCCCUCUCCCCACAGCCCUCAAAUAGAUGUCUAUAUAUAAAUAUAUACUUAUAUAUUCAGAACAUUCCUCAAUGUUAGUAUAAUAAUAAUUUCCGGACACACUAAACAGAAUUCCAUAAAAAUGGAGAAAAUAGAUAAAAACAGUUCGAGUAAAAAAAAAGCGAUAUACUUGUGUAUUUCUUCAGUGUAUUAGUAAAUUAGGCAUUCAAUUUAGAGCAAGAACAGGAUUUAGUUUCCCCAUAUUGCAGAGAGGGUUUUCCCAACACUCACUGAAAGUCGCAUACAACAACAACAAUUCAACUGGGAUCUCAUUGUGAAGCUGCAUGCGAUUUAAAGCAAAUGCUCCAAAUAAUUUAUUGGUCAUUUUAAUUGCAAGCAUUACUCCAGUUCAGUGUGUGUGUGUGCAAUAGAUGCUUGUGUGUGUGUGCAUACAUUGAAGUCUCCUAUAAAGUAAACGAUGUCGCUCUACGCUCAAAUUGAACGGCGUGAACUAAGCGCUGACCACAUUCAAACCGAUUCUCCCAUUGAUAAGAGUUAAUUUAACGCUGCACAUCAAUUUCAGACGUUUUCAUUAUCAGAACAGAAGUAUCUCUCUUUGCAAUUGUGAUCGAUUUCAAACCGAUAAUUUAUAGCGAGCGAAGAAAUGCAAGUCUGAGUUGUCGAUAAAUAUUUUCAGUUAGCCAAGCAGAUCCCAGAAGAGAUUUACUCUUAAAGUACAUGACAUCGACCGGUUGUAAACUAACACACACACACACACAAACGAACACUUACAGACACAAAGAACAAGAAAUUACAAGACAAAUACACACACACACACGUAGAGAUGUGAAUACUUAUGUAUAUUCGUUCUUAGACAGAGAACGAGAACGCUAGAGUCCCAGACAAGUUGUUUAUUUUGGCGUGUGCAAUAUAUAAGUAUAAUUUGACUUGUGUUUAGUUAACACAAUUUCACGUAUUUAAUAAUAAUAGCAAUGUUAAUAUGUAAUUUAGUUGAAUUUGCGUUGAACGUUUUAGUUUAGUUAAUGCAUAAAUUUAAUUUUAGACUUGUUUGUACUAUGGCGAAAAUAGGUAUAUUGUUUCACACAUUCACACACACACACACACAAACGAACACAUAGCCACUUGUUAAACUAAUCCACCGAAUAAAAACAAUCUCAUUAACUAAAUUAAUUAAAUUUAAAAAAAACAAAACAUAAUCAACAAUAACAUUUUGCAUCUAUUUUCGCCAAGCUUUUGCUUUUCUGUUUGCAUUUAGUAGCACUAAUAUUAAUGCCGCGACUGUAAAACCGACGCUGCAAAAAAAGUGCAGCAUACUUUGAGGGUGCAUUCAAAAAUCACGAGUGAACAACAACAUGAAAUGAAGCGAUAAGAUAAAAAGAAGAGAUUCAGAUGAUUAUGAAUUAGAGAGCAUCAAGAAGAACGAAAGAACGAUAUCAUAGCAACAAAUUUAAAUUGAAUUUUCUAAGUGUUUAGUCGAAAAACGCGUAAAGAUCGUAUCGUAAUUUACUUAAAUAUAGAGAAUAAUAAAAAUACACUUAAUACUAACACACUACAUAUGCUACAUUAUAAACUUAACACUUACAUAUAUAUACAAACAUAACAUUCAUACAUAAAUACAUUCAUACAUACAUACAUACAUGCAGUCAUACAUAAUAACAUAAGCCUACAGAAUGCAACAUAAUCAGAUCAACCGAACAACUUUUGAUAACAACUUUUCGAUAUUUAUUAACAAUUUUUGAAACACGGUUCUGCGUCUCGAAUACAUCAACAUCAACACCAACACCAACAUACACACACAUGUACGCAUUUUCAAUACGAUAGCUAUACACAUUGAAAUAGCCAUCAAUCAGCAGAUUUAUAUCAAACUGAAAGUAUCGAAUGAAUCCAAUAAUAAAUAUCACACAACAGCAAAUUUGUUUAUGCGAGUAUAUAGACACACACACUCUCUCACACACAUACAUACACUCACACGCAUAUACAGCCACAAACAAUAUGACAAUUUAUAAACAAUUAUUAAAACUACUAUUUAUUAAAUGUUGUUAGCAUUUCAAAAACAAAAAAAAAAGACAAAAAAAAAACCAAAAAGAAAAA